AUGCUCUCCCCUUGUUUGACCCUCCUUCCCUCUGCUUUCCUCCCUCCCUUUUCCUCCAUGCCUGCCCUCCUCCCCUCUGCUCUCAUCCCCUUCUUCUCUCCGCCCUCCCUUCUCCUCCCUUUCUGCCCUCCUCCCCUCUGCUCUCAUCCCCUUGUGCUCUUCUUCCCUCUGCCCCCCCUCGUUUUCUUCCCUACAUCAUCGUGUAGACCUAGAAGGCCCCUUCCCCUUCGAUCCAUCGCAUCCACUCUCCCCCGCCUCUCCUCCCUCAACAGAGCUCUGCUCUCCUCCUUCAUGCGGGGAGGUUCCUGGAUGUUUCCUCGCCUGCCAGCCUGGCAGCCCGGCACGCCAUUGGUGGAUCGAGUGCUGCAUGCCAUGUGGCACCACGUGUGCAGCUACAAGCUCGCCACUGAAACACAGCUGGAUGAGAGUGCUGUGUGUCCUUUUUCCACCCUUACACCCCUUCUUCCCCUCUCUCUCCCCAACCCCUUUACUCCCCCCUCCCCCACUCCUCCCCCCCUACACACCCAUCACACCUUCCACUCCAACCCCACAUAUCCCCCUCACUCCCCGCAUUCCUCCCGCUCCCGCCACUCCCCUCCCGACACCCAUCAGCCCACACUCCCCACCAUUAUCACCCCACUCUCCCCCACUCUGUCCCUUCCCUCGCCCUCCUUCCCCCAACACCCACCCACCAGGUACGUGAUGGACGAGUUCGGCAGUGCCUUCCAUCACAGCACCUCAGUAACUCAGUACGUGAUGGACGAGUUUGGCAGUGCCUUCCGUCACAGCGACCGACCCAACUUCCGCUGUGCGCCCUUCCUCUUCCUGCUGGAUGGCUCCUUCGCCUCUGCUCUCAGGUGGGGGGGAUGUGUUCUCAGCUACUCCAUCUUGUGGCCGGUGGCAGCAGUGCAGCCGGGGGAGGAGUGCACGAGGGACUAUCUCGCCGGGGUGGGGGAGGAGCACCAACGCUCACCCAAGCUGUGCGUGUGGUUCCACACGCCCUCAAGCGCCUUCCACCAAGCUUAUGAGCAGCGCCUGUGCAGGUUCGCAGCAGCAACCACAAAGCACGCAGAAGCUACCGCUCUCCUUGCCUCUACUGCAUCCGACAAUAAAGAGGACAAGGGAGGAGAAGGAAAGGCGAGUGAAUCGGCAGACAAACCGGAGAGAACAGAAUUGGAGAAGCGGGUGUAUCGAGUGUUCACGGAUCUGCCCUAUGUCACUGACAACCUCUCCCGCCCCGAGUUUACUUUUGGUGAGCUCUGGUGGGGCAAGCAGAAGAAAGGAGGGGCUAGCAGAGGAAGCAGAGGAAGCGCGUGCAUCGAGUCUCCGGCAAUCUUCCCUAUGGCCGUGGACGAGGCGUUUCGAGAGGCAACUGGGUUAAAGGAGAGGAGGAGCAAAGGAGAGCCAACUGGGCGGCUGGAGUCACACGGCAACACGCGCCCCUGGUUACAAGACAAUUUCGGCUUGUACCCGGAGAGAAGAAACAUUGACAUGGUGCCGUAUGCUCUCCAGGCAUACGGCAACACGCGCCCCUGGCUACAGGACACAUACAACAUGCAGUCGGAGAUGGCAGCGCUGAUAGGGUGCUUUAAUUGGAGGGAGGCGGCAGCUGCUGCUGCUGCAGGGAAGCGGUUGACUGCCAGCUACGGAGGCAAUGAGGCACCUGAGAGUGAUGCAGGCAUGCGAUGGGAACUGGCAGCGCUGAUAGGGUGCUCUCAGCAGAGGGAGGCGGCGGCUUCUGCUGCUGCUGCUGCUGCUGCUGCUGUUGCUACUGCUGCUGCUGCUGCUGGUGGUGGUGGUGGUGGUGGUGGUGGUGGUGGUGGGGGUCAAGUGAUUUGCAGCUAUGAGGACCGUGAGGUGGCUCAGAAGGUAGACCCCAAUCUGGACAACACGUGGAUCUUAAAGCCGUGGAAUCUCGCGCGCAGCAUGGAUGCAACAGUGUCGCGCCAACUGGCGCAGAUCGUACGGCUGGCAGAGACCGGGCCGGAGGUCUGCCAGAAGUACAUCUCCCGCCCCGCGCUCUUCCACGGGCGCAAGUUCGACCUGCGGUUCUUGCUGCUGCUGAAGAGGCUUAAACCGCUCGAGGCAUACCUCUCCGAUGUGUUCUGGAGGAAGUUUGACCUGCGCUUCCUGCUGCUGCUCAAGCGGCUGAAGCCGCUGGAGGCAUAUUUCUCAAACGUGUUCUGGGUGAGUGGUAUGUCUGGCUGCUGCCUGCUGGUUGGUGGGUGGUUGCUUGAAGCGUCCCACAGCAAGGCAGACACUGGGCCAAAGGAGACGCCGGGCCAAGGCAGGGCAGAGAGCGGCCCCAAGGUCUGUCAGAAGUGCAUCUCCCACCCCGCGCUCUUCCACGGGAGAAAGUUCGACCUGCGCUUCCUGCUGCUGCUCAAGCAGUUGCGGCCCUUGGAGGCUUAUCUCUCCGACGUGUUCUGGAAGUACAUCUCCCGCCCCGCGCUCUUCCACGGGCGCAAGUUCGACCUGCGCUUCCUGCUGCUGCUCAAGAAGCUGAGACCCCUUGAGGCGUACCUCUCAGACGUUUUCUGGGCUCGCAUCGCCAACAAAAAGUAUUCGCAAGCAGAGGACUCGCUAUCGGACUUCCAGACACAUUUCACUGUCAUGAACUACAGCGGUCACAAGUACGAGCACGUGCCAACACACGAGUUUGUGCAGGCAUUUGAGCAGGAGCACAGUGGUAUGGAUGGUGAUGACGUGGUAUGGAUGGGUGAUGACGUGGUAGUGACGUGGCAGUCCAUUGACCAAUCAGUGCAGAGAAUGUUACGGGAGCUGCUGGCGGCAGCUGUCACUGUUCAUCCUGAGAUGCAACCAGAUGAAGACACCUGUCGAGCAAUCUACGGUGUGGAUGUGAUACUGGAUGAUCACUUCCAACCCAAGCUUCUAGAGGGCGUUCUUGUCAAGGGUCAGAAGCUUGAGGCGGGUAAAGGAGCUGACUGUGGUGGGAAUGGGGCCGGAGAGGCGGUUGGAGGAGAGGUAAAGAUGGGUGAGGGAGGCGGAACAGGAGGGGGGGGAGAGUGGGGUGGGCGGGCCGGAGAGGGCGUUGGAGGCGAGAUUGAGGAUGGUGAGGGCCUGCUUGUCCUGGCAGAAGGCGGGGAUGGGGCCUGUGGGAGUAGAGUGGGGCAGGAGGGAAGGGGAGCAGGAGGGGGAGGAGAGAAGGGGGCGAAAGAGGGGUGGGCGGGCCGGAGAGGGCGUUGGAGGCGAGGUCUUGAUGGGCCUAGCAGAAGGCGGGAAGAAAGAGUGGUAAGAGAGAGUGGUGAGAAAGCAGACUUAGAGGUGAGGAAGGUGAGGGCUUGA